AUGUCGCGCUCAACCCCCACCCGCCAGUGGUUUCAGCCCGGUGAAGGCAUCGCUCGCGAGGUCAUCACCGCUGACAUCCAGCGCUACCUGGGCCCCGACGCUCUCGUCAAGCCGGGCAUCGGCACCGGCGAGUACGAGGGCGUCGAAGGAUAUUGGAUCACUGCCUAUCGUACCCUGACAUCGCAAAUGGUGCAGGACUUGAAGCUGGAUUCUCAGCGGUGGCGUGCUGAAGUCCAGCAGGGACGAGGUAGCCCACUCGCGAGAGAUUCGAAAAUCAUGGCCAAGCCUCCUGACAAAGCUGCAGUUGCCUAUCAAGAUUCAAGGACUCACCAGUCCAGGCAGUACUAUGGACCUAGUACGCCGGCGCCGGAGCAGCCGUAUGCUCCGCCCUCGGCUUCCCAGGUUUACGCGGACCACCCGCCGUCUGCAGGAUACCGGGCGCCCGCCCAAAGUGCCUAUGGAGGAGGAGACUACACCUAUGCCCAGCCCCAGUCAGGAUAUGCCCAGCAAGGAGCCCACUACGUGCCAGCACCUGGAUAUGGACAAGGCCAAGUGAGGACAGCCCCGUCCUAUGGAUCGUACAGCCAGCCGUCUGGCAGGGAACCGGAGCCCCACCCGUCCCAUUACCAAGGCCAUCAGGACUCGCCCAGAUAUGGAUACCCUCCGUCCACGUCGGCGCCGCCCGAACGCGUGUAUGCCCCGCCUCAACCAAGUACAACUCAGCAGUACUACUAUGCCGACAGCAGAAGUGCAGCGACUCAACCGCCGCCUCAAGCUAACGAUCGUCGUCGUCGGCAGUAG